UGCAGUGAGUGUAGUCGCGCGUACGGACUCUCACAGAACUGUUAAUUUUACUCAAUGAAAAAUUGUACCAAACAGGAAAACUUCGGUGGUUAAUUGUUUUUACGUGGUACUUUCUGCAUUGGGAAAUCGAAGUGAAUUGAAAUUAUUUGGGACAGUGCUUGGCAUGUAGUGAGCAUUACGUUUUAAAUUGAAAUAUUCGGAUGUUCUGCAAAUAAAUGGUAACAGCCGGGAGCAACAUAAACUGCUCUCACCGUCCGGUGGUUGAUUGCGUUCCAAGCGAAAAGUUCUCCAUACGCAAGCCAAAAGUGAGGUUAUGUUUUAAUAUUUUUUUUUGUUUAUUUUUUUUAUUACUGACAUUUUGAACGAACGCCGCUGCGCAUUGUGACAGUUUGCUGGUUGAGGCUGACAAACAACAUCUACAGUAGCAUCGAUUUUCAUUGAGUGCUCCCUGACUGCGCAACAAUCCUGCCAGGUAAAAGGACUAUCACCUGCGUGCGUAGAAAGUGUUGAAACUCUGACUGGCUGUAGAAUAGAUAUUAAAUAGGAACUUGGACCGCGAUCGUGAUUUUCAUGUAAACUCGUUCAGUGAAUGAAUAAAACUAACACCAUUCUCUGCUCAAACUCCACGAAAGUAUUGAAGAUGGUGUUCACGGUAGCAAAACAAUCAGGAAGAAUUUCGGCUAGAUUCAAAACGGCAUGAUCCGGAUUACUUCGAGUAUAGUAUAGGUAGUGAGUGGAAAGUGAAGAAACAAGAUGAAUGAAUGAGCGAAAAGAUGUCAAAAGUGCUAAUGUCUGCCUCUGUUGAUGGAGCGGCUGCUCAAGUGAUUCCGACGAAAUAAUAUUGCUCAUUGCUGGAAAGAUUUUAGUUUAUUCCCACGGGUUGCCAGUAUAGUAAGUGAAACGAAGCCAAACACGUCGCAAAGUUGGAGCUAAUACGAAGUACUGCGGCCUUGGACUCCCCGUCAGGAUUAGAAAUUAGUUCAGUAACACACACAUACACCAUGCCACACCAGUACGGCAUUCCGGGCUAUGGCCAAACGCCACCGAGUCCACCUACGCACCAUGGAGGGGCACUCAUUCCAAGACACGGUGGCGGGGCCGUCAUUCCGGUAUCGGCCAAUUCGAACGCCGGUAGCUUGGGACCAUCCGGGGCUCCCAUCUUCCGGGGAACCAUCGAAGAGCGACGGUUAACACGGGAAGCAAUGGAAAAGUAUCUGCGGGAUCGCAACAACAUGGUUAUUGUGAUACUGCAUGCAAAGGUCGCCCAAAAAUCCUACGGCAAUGAGAAACGCUUCUUCUGUCCACCUCCCUGCAUCUACCUGUUCGGCGAAGGCUGGCGGUUGCGCAAGGAGCAAAUGCUGCGCCGCGGCGAAAGCGAACAAUCCACCCAACUAUGUGCCUUCAUCGGUAUCGGCAGCUCCGACCAGGAGCUGCAGCCGCUCGAUCUUAACAACUCGAAGCAGUACUGUGCCGCCAAAACGCUGUUCAUUUCCGAUUCGGACAAGCGGAAACACUUCAUGCUGUCGGUGAAAAUGUUCUACAGCAUGGGCCACGACAUCGGUGUGUUUCAGUCCAAGCGGAUCAAGGUGAUAUCGAAACCGUCGAAGAAGAAGCAGUCGCUGAAAAAUGCCGACCUGUGUAUAGCGAGCGGUACCAAGGUGGCACUGUUCAACCGGUUACGAUCGCAAACCGUUUCGACGCGGUACUUGCACGUGGAGGAUGGACACUUUCACGCCAGCUCGACGCAGUGGGGCGCGUUCACGAUUCAUCUGCUGGAUGAUAACGAAAGCGAAUCGGAGGAGUUUCAGGUACGUGACGGGUAUGUGCACUACGGGGCCACAGUCAAGCUGGUCUGUUCCGUGACGGGGAUGGCCCUGCCCCGAUUAGUAAUACGCAAGGUAGACAAACAGAUGGCUCUGCUCGAAGCGGACGAUCCAGUGUCACAGCUGCAUAAAUGUGCAUUCCAUAUGAAAGACACCGAGAGGAUGUAUCUGUGUCUAUCGCAGGAAAAAAUCAUUCAGUUCCAGGCGACGCCCUGUCCGAAGGAACCGAAUAAGGAAAUGAUCAACGACGGCGCCUGCUGGACGAUCAUUUCCACCGACAAGGCUGAGUAUCAAUUCUACGAAGGAAUGGGACCCGUUCGGACGCCGGUUACACCAGUGCCAAUAGUCAAUUCGCUGCACCUGAACGGGGGUGCCGAUGUGGCAAUGCUGGAAAUUACGGGAGACAACUUUACGCCGUCGCUGCAGGCGUGGUUCGGCGAUGUGGAAGCGGAAACUAUGUACCGGUGUGCGGAAUCGUUGCUGUGUGUCGUGCCGGAUAUUUCGCAGUUCCGCGGCGAGUGGUCAUGGGUGCGGCAGCCCACGCAAGUGCCUAUCUCGCUGGUACGCAACGACGGUAUCAUCUACGCAACGGGACUAACCUUUACGUAUACGCCUGAACCGGGUCCGCGACAACCCUGCUCCGCAGCGGAAGACGUUCUGCGGCGGGCCGCUAAUGCAAACAGUAAUAGCAACAGCAACAACAACGGCAGCGGAAACAGUUUAACGGCUGCCGGCGGUGGCAUCGGUUCCAGCGGAUCUUUGCCACCGAUCUCGGACGUGGCCUGGAGCUCACAUGGUGGAGGAUUACCGUAAGAUAACCGCUUUUUAUUAUUAAUCAUGUUUUCGAAGGGGUAAAAAGUAUAUAUUUAUUAUGUUUUGUCGAAUCGAUUCGGAUGAGAAUUACCUACCUAUACAUAUUUGCUAAUUUAUACACAGUAUUUUUAACGAAUCGAACGAACAUCCCGAAUGUGAGACAACAGUGCGUAAUCUCAACUUUUAUUCCUACUACAAAAAACAACAAUCUGCGUUAGGCCAAUGAACAAAUUGCUAUAUAUGUAUAAAUGUUUGCAGGAAGUUAUAACAAACACGUUCAACAUAUUUUUCCUAAGAUCUUUUCUCUCGUUUCGCAGAGAAGAAUGUAGACUAUCAUUUCCUACUCUAUUUUAAGGAAAGUCGUAUUUUGACAGAUUUUUUGUAAGAGAAUUACUAUUUUUAAGAUGAGAGAUUACGUGAUUAAUCACAGACAGACAUUGAAAAAAGUGAUAUAUGCAGGUUUUAAAGAAUAAAAACAAAGUAUUUAACGUAAAAGUGGAAACAAAGUGACUAUUUUUUGUGCGCAAAAAAUCUAACAACGAAACUUUUUUCUAUAGAAAUAGCAGCUAUACUAAGAAAGACAUCUUUUACAGUUCAGAAAACUGUUCUUCAAACGGGAAAAAAAUCUGCUAAAAUUCGAGCAGUUAAAAAUGGGAAUAAAAUUGCCAAAGAAGUAGCGAAAA